UUACUGCUUGAAUUGAACUUUGAAGCAAGUUUUUUCAAGUGCAAUGCAGCUCAGCUGUUCAGUGUGUAGUAGUCUUACCCUUUCUUUGUUUGAACUAAUGCAAUACUGUUGAGCAGUUUACAGGCAUAAAAGUUCUAAAUGCUUGUGAUUCACUGGAUAUAUUAAUGAAACUUACCUUCUUUUUGGUUUCCAUGAUGUCAGGUCUCAGCUGAAUGAAGAACAUGGCAACAAAAUGCAGAAACAAUCGAGAAAAAAGAACCCUAAACCAUAUGUUUAAAGCGAACUCGGUAGAACAAAGCAAGCAUUAUAGCAGGAAAACAUAUGGGUGUUCGUGUAUUUGUACCUGUUUGGAGUAUUCCUGGGGUCUGAUCCUUGCUCUGUUCAUCAUCUCAUCCUUCCUCGCCCGCACAUCACCGAGGACCAUGUUUGCAUCAAUCAAAGCGUUCAGUGGUUUGUGAUGGAAACAGAGCUAAGCUUUUGCACGCACCCGGUUUGCCAUUCCAGAUGAGCAACAAAGAGACACCAUCCGAGUACAGAUGCCACAGGUUGCUAAUUUACAGGGUGGCGAUCGAGCUGCGGCCUUCGCAUCGGAAACAAGAAUUUGGGGGACGAGACGAGGGUUCUGCUCCUUCGGACCGAGAGAAGAGCAGCAAAAGAUACACCGUGUGAGUGGAGAUGCCAUGGAGGGUUGCUAUUUACAGGGUGGGUGGCGAUCGAGCUCCGGCCUCGAUCUGCCAUUCCUCUGCUUCGCUUCUUCCCGGAAACAAGAUUUUGCGCGACGGGACGAGAGCUCUAGUGCUAUAGACCGAGAGAUGAGCAACAAAGAAACACCACCUGAAGUGGAGAUGCCAUGGAGGGUUGGUCGUUGUAGGGUGGCGAUCGAGCUCCGCCCUCGAUCGGUCAUUCCUAUGCUUCGCUUUUUAUCGGAAACAAGAAUUCGGGGAACGAGACGAGAGCACUUCUCCUAUGGACAUCGGGAUGAGAGUUGGUACCUACGGGGCGACGAUCGAGAAACCGCCUCGAUCUGCCAUUCCUCUGCUUCGCGUCUUCUCAGAAACAAGAAUUCGGGGUGGGGGACGAGACCAGAGCUCUUCUCCUACAGGCCGAGAGAGAGCAACACGGAAACACCAUCUGGGUUGGUAGCGAUCGAGCACCGGCCUCGAUCUGCUAUUCCUCUACUUCGCUUCUUCUUGGAAACAAGAACUAGGGCAACGAGACGAGAGCUCUUCUCCUGUACACCAUCUGCGUGCAGAUGUCAUCGAGGGGUUGGUUGUUAUAGAGCGGGGGGCGACGGAACUCCAGCUUUGGUGGAGGCAGUUGCGGGGGAGGAUGCGGUGGAAACAAGGCCUGCACGCGCCACGGGAGCCGCUUGACGUGGGCCUUCACACCGACCAUGAAAAGAUUUGUCGUGAGUAAUUAAUUCUUGGUAACUCUCAUUCAUCAAAGCAAUCAUUUGUUUUCUCGUGAGAAAUGGAACCGAACCUUAAAUCGACUCGUGGUCGAUCGAUCAACCCCACCGGUCCGGUCCGUAAUUCUUGAUAAUAGCAUUUGUUUAUGUAGAAAUCUGCAUGUCAUAAUAACGAUAAUAGCAUUAAUAAUAAUGAAGGUGAGAAAAUGUUGGGCCGUGUGAUCCGUGAUAUCUUAUGGGCCAGUAGAAGUCCACUACCGAUCCGAUUCCCGCUCCUAUUUCCUCGCUUCGCUCCGUGACGAAGCGAACCGCUUCUCCAAAUUCCACCGGCUCCUGCUGUUACCGUCUCUCUCUCUCUCUCUCGCUCGCUCGCUCGCUCGCCGCACAUGAAGAAGAAGAUAGAUGUCGCCACGCAUGGAGGCAGGAGGAGGAAGAGCCUCUACGAGCUGUCUCUCACCGUGGCCCUCCCCCUCUGGUGCCUCCUCUUCGUCCUCCACUCCCGCUUGGGGCACGGCGACCGUCGUCGAGAUUUGUCGUCCGAUGGCGAUGGCAGCGGCAACCUCUGCAGAAGCACACAGUUAGAAUCGUAUUUUCCUUUUAUGCAGAACAAUACCUUCAGUUGCUGCGGAUUGAAAGAACCCGAAAACCCAAUGAGAGAAUUGAUUGGAGUUGAAGAAGCCAUCGCGAAUGGGAAAGCUUCGGAAGAAGAGAAGGGAAGAAACUGUAGUCGGGCGAAAGAAAAGGCCGAUCCGCCCACGCAAUCUGGCUACAUCGGGCUGGAUGAGUUCCGGAACCAGACUCUGCGAAGAAAGGAAAGCGAUGCAGAUAAGCUGCAUGGCAAAAUCACCCACAGACUGGAGCCUGGUGGCUUGGAGUAUAACUACGCCUCCUCCGCCAAGGGCGCAAAAGUGUUGGCCCACAACAAGGAGGCAAAAGGGGCAGGAAAUAUACUGUGCAGGGACAAAGACAAGUACCUUCGGAACCCGUGUUCUGCGGUCGACAAGUUCGUCGUCAUAGAGCUCUCCGAGGAGACGCUGGUCGAUGCCAUCGAGAUCGCAAAUUUGGAGCACUACUCAUCCAACUUCAAGGGUUUCGAGCUGUUGGGGAGCUUGAGCUACCCAACAGAGACAUGGACGCCGCUCGGCGUCUUCUCCGCGGAGAACGUGAAGCACGCCCAGCGGUUCAUGCUUCCGGAACCGAAGUGGACGAGGUACAUGAGGUUAAGCUUGGUCAGCCAUUACGGCUCAGAGUUCUACUGCACGUUGAGCUAUGUAGAAGUCUACGGUGUAGAUGCCAUAGAGCGGAUGCUGGAAGAUCUUAUUGUGGUUCCGGUGGAACCUGCAACCAAUCAAAUGUCCGUGGAAGCAGAUCCCAAGUCUGGUGACAAGGUUGAGGCUGCCCAGGUUCAUGGUGGGGAUGAUGUUCAUAGCAAAGCAGACCCUAACAAGUCGAGCACGCUUCAUCCUGUGAAAGAAGGCAGGCAGCAAUUAACUGGUAGAGUACCGAGUGAUGGAAUUCUGAAGAUUUUGAUGCAGAAGAUGAGAUCAAUGGAGCUCAGUCAGUCCAUUUUGGAGGAGUACAUAAAAGAACUCAAUCGAAGAUACGGUGAAGCUCUCCCAGAUCUACAGAAGCAGUGCUCGGAGAGUGCUCUGGUACUACAGAAAAUGAGUUCAGAGAUCAAGGAAAUGAUGGAAUGGAAGGAGUGUAAGGAGAAGGAACUUACUGACCUUGAGAACUGGAAAGCCUCUGUCUCAGCUGAACUAGAUGCUUUGGUCAAAGACAAUGCCUUGUUCAGAGCAAAUAUUGAGAAGAUACAGAGCAGCCAAGAUUUACUAGAGAGCAAGGAGCUUACCGUAAUUUCCAUUAGCCUAUUUUUGGCAUGCUUCGCAUUCUUUAAGUUGGUGUUUGCCCGAGUUCUGACGUUGUUCAAGACUUGUGAAUCUGACAUGAGAAACAGGAACAAGAGGGAAUGGCUCCUAGUAUUUGUGAGCAGCAGCUUAACAAUUCUCAUAACCUUAUUAUAUGGCUGAUCUCAUUUCUGCCGAGCAGUGCGUUUCACUUCUUGCAGCAUCAGAUCAGCUUAAUCAUCAGGAAAUUUUUACAAAAACUCCACAUGUUUCGGAUGUAUAUAAUUCUUGUAGCCAACUUCUUGUUAGUGUAAUCAAAUCCUACUUCAAGAUCGAGUUGCCAUCUACUGUUUGCUCCUCGAGGGGGUUUCAGUCAAUCUGUACUUUUCAUUCGGUGCAAAGAAGUUACGA